AUGGUGUUCAUGGCACUCUGCAUUUUGGGCCUACACCUCUCUACUCUCUGUGAAGGGCGUCCUCUGAGAAAAAGGACGGUGAGUGAGGUCCAGCUCAUGCACAACCUGGGGCAGCACAAGCAGAUGCAGGAGCGUCGGGAGUGGCUGCAGAUGAGGCUCCGGGGCAUCCACACCGCCCCGGCCCGGGCUAGUGGGGAAGCGGGCCGGACGAGGAGGAGACUGCUUCCCGAGGACUUACCCGACCUGAGCGACCUGACACCGGAGGAGAUCCAGUACGCCUUAAACCUGCUGGAGAAGCUCCUCAGCUCUAAACAGUCUUGA